ACCGCUGUUCUGCUCCAGCCGCGAACCGGGCACGUCGCGAGGGCGGGCUCGCCCACCGUCGCGAAAAAGGUCCCGCUUCGACUAUCUGCUCUCAUUGCAGUUCGGUCUGCCGAGCGGAGCGGGACUGACUGAGGGACAAGCUCCCCCCCCCAACCCGUCUCCAUUCAAGGAUUUAUACUUCGCACACUUCGUCCUACAGCAGACGACCGGCACGAAUCGCAGCUCGCCGUCUGUGGACAAUGUUUCUCUUGCAGUACGCAGGACUCAACUCUCUGCCCUUUGAUCCAACCGGCAACAACGACCCCCUCCUGUUCAGCGGCUCCAGUGGCCCUCUGGUGACGGAGUGUCCUCCUCUGGACAGCACAGUCGAGAAUAGCAAGAAGAGGAAGAGGGCCAGCCUGCCUCCAGAAGGGAUCUGUAACAUGACGAUGGACUCCAACUUGAUGACGAUGCCCAUGUCGGACCCCAACCCGUGGGCAACCGCCAUGAACAACCUGGGGAUGCCUCCCAUCGGAAUAACUGGACAGCAACUCAUGCAAGAUUUUGAUCCCGGCCUCGGCAUGAUGGCUGGAAUAAGCCCCCUGAAUCCCAUGAUGCCCGGCCUCGGCAUGGUGCCCGGACCCCUCUCCCAGGAUUUUCCAGUUAUCAAGGAGAUCAUCCACUGCAAGAGUUGCACCCUGUUCCCCCCCAACCCCAAUUUCCUGCUAGAAAAGUUUCUGCCUGGGGACUUUAUUCAAACAAGUCUUACAAGUCAUCUUCAAGACCUUCCACCUCCAGCUAUGAGGGAACGCCCUCCAGGGUGUAAGACGGUGUUUGUCGGCGGUCUGCCCGAGAACUCCACAGAGCAGCUCAUCGUGGAGGUCUUCGGGCAGUGUGGCGAAAUCAUCGCCAUACGCAAAAGCAAGAAAAACUUCUGCCAUAUCAGAUUUGCUGAAGAGUUCACGGUGGACAGGGCUCUCUUCCUGUCGGGUUACCGUAUCCGUUUGGGCUCCAGCACAGACAAGAAAGACACCGGCCGUCUCCACGUGGACUUCGCCCAGGCCAGAGACGACUUCUAUGAGUGGGAGUGUCACCAGCGCAUGUUGGCCAGAGAGGAGAGGCACCGGCGCAAGAUGGAGGAGGACCGCCUCCGGCCGCCCUCCCCUCCGCUCAUCGUCCACUACUCGGAGCACGAGUGCAGCCAGCUGGGAGACAAGAUCAAAGAGGACGGGAAGUUUCCUGAAGCGGUGCGCGUGCUCAUGACCUGGCUGGAACGAGGAGAAGUCAACCGAAGGAACGCCAACAACUUCUACUCCAUGAUCCAGGCCUCCAACGGCCACAUCCGCCGGCUGACGGGCGAGAAGACUCAGCAUGAGAAGGAGGUGGAAGAGGCCAAAGACAAGUUCAAGAUCGCUCUGGCCGGCAUCGUUCGCCAAUUUGAGCAGAUUGUGUCUGUAUUCCAAGCUGCUUCCAAACAAAAGGCAUGGGACCAUUUCUCCAAAGCUCAGCGCAAGAACCUGGACAUGUGGCGCAAACAAGCCGAGGAGAUCAGAAACAUGCACAGCGAGCAGCUGAUGGGCAUCAGGCGAGAGGAGGAGAUGGAGAUGUCGGACGAUGACAUGGAGGAUUCCCCUGACAGAAAGGACUCCGAGGAUUCAGGUGUUUCCCAAGCAGAAGCCCUGAAGGAGGAGAACGACUCGCUGCGCUGCCAGCUGGACGCCUACAGGAACGAGGUGGAGUUGCUCAAACAGGAGCAAGGCAAGAACCAACCAAUGUGCAGUGAGGAGGACAACACACACUCCCAGCAGCUCAGCUUCCUGCAGCAGGCUCUGCAAGCCAUGCAGCAGCAACUGUUAAAAAUGAGGGAAGAAUUAAAACAGCGGGAGGCAGAGGUGGAGAAGAGUUUGGAGGACAAACAGCAGCUGAACAACGAAGUCCUGAACCUGAAGGAAGGACUCCAGAACCUGCAAAACACACACGCCAUGCAGCUGGAGACGACGACGCAGGACGACAGCGAGGAGGGCGCUAAUCAAACCACCGAAGCAACCAUUUCAACAGUGGUGUCCUGCAGUCAGGAGAAGGAAGGCCCUCCAGAGAAGACCCCACUGAGUCCGGUCCACUCCGAGAGGGAGGCUCUGCUCGUUGGGAUCAUUUCCACGUUCCUGCACGUCCACCCGUUUGGAGCCAGCAUCGAGUACAUCUGUUCCUACCUGCAGCGUUUGGACACCAAGAUUAACACCGGCGAGGUGGAGGCUCUUCUCUCCCGGCUGCCCUGCACCUUCAGACAGGAGCUGACCGGCGUCGGCGCCAGUCUGGAGAAACGCUGGAGCUUCUGUGGCUUCCAGGGCAUCAAGAGCACGUAGACUCUGGGGCUCACGGCAGAGACGACACGGGGACACCGUAAAGAUGUGAAAGACGCGGGAUGGAGCGCACCAAUAUCAAAGACGCUGCACGAGGACACGCGGCUCUCAGCUGAGGAGGGAAUGUUACGGCAUUCCGGGGACUCUGUGGGUGGCAGAGAUGUAAAAACGCAGCAUUUCCAUGGUUACGUGAAUGUUGACACCCAACCGCCGUGGCGAAAUCUUCGUGAGCUUUAACUCUGUCUGCAAAAUGUUUUUAGACAUAACGACUCUCCAGGAGUUAGAGAAGACCACCGAAUCCUACAGUCACUGGAUUAUUGUGUAGUAAUCGGGUAUCGUGCCGUCUGAGCCGGAGCGCCGUCUGGCGUCAUGUGAGGGACGACCGGGCGAGCCAAGGGGGCUUAUCAGGGUCUCCCUGAACACCGACGGCUCCCUCGCUUCUCCCUUUGCCCUUCCUCGGUUUGUAAAAUAGAUUUAAAAAAUGGAUAUAUUUCUUCAUUUUCUGUAAAGGCUGUCAACAGUACACAUAGAAUCAUUUGUGGUUAUACACUGUAAAUGCUGGGAUGAUAUUUUUGAUUAUAAAAAGACGUUUGAAUAUAUUAAAAACCAGUUUGAUGAAAUCA